UCUUUGUUGUGAUUUUUUCAUUUUUUGUUCAACAUAAAUUUUGUCUGACUUGUGGAUAAAAAUCCUUUAGAUUUAAAUGCAGUCAACUAAUUAUUUCAAAGGCCUUCUUAGCACAACAAAUGGUUUUCUUAAUGUCAUAAGAAAUGCGAGCAAGAAAACAGGAGGAUCGACAAAAAACCCUGUGGAUCCACAUGGAAAACCGAAACAUCGAGGAUGGAAGAGACAAGAUGGACAUUGGGUUACGCGUGGAACUAUUUUAGCACUUCAGACGAAACCUCGCUUUUUUCCUGGACUUAAUGCUGGUUGGGGUGUUAAUGGAACGGUAUAUGCAAUUACCGAUGGUAAAGUCUAUGUAACAUGCGAGAAGACAGAUAUGAACUUCAGGAAGAACUGGAUUCAAAGAUUUUAUGCCGGCCGAGAAGGCCAUACGAUUUAUAAAAAAUACUUCAAUGUUGUGCCACUAAAACAACAUCAAAGAUUCCGACUUAUCAGUGAGAACUAAAAAUGAAUGAAUCGUUAUUAUAGAGACAUAGGAAUGAACAAUAAAUAUAAUCAUUUUAUUAAGUGAUAAAAAA